CGCCGCCUCUCUUCAAAAGGUCUCUCCCUCAAAAUCCACGAAGAAGAAGACGGUCAUCGGAGGUGAAUCUUCUCGCUGUCUCUCAUGCUCUCCCAUCUAUCUUCUUUGCCGAAGGGCUAUUGUUGGUCUAAAAACACAAGCGCGUUUGGGUUUUUUUCAUUAUAACCCAAUAGACUGUAUGAAAAAGGAGGACGAGGAAAGAGUUAAAACAUGACUACGUGAGAAACUCUAUAGUCCAUGGCAACCAAGAGAAUACCCAAUUUAUCCCAACAAAUUUCAAGAAUUGAAGCUUUCUCCGAAAUGGGGUUCUUCAAGAAUCCCCCAGAAACUACCGCCCGAGCUAACCUCGCCACUUCAUCAAUCAAAACCCAGGCAGCCAACGAAGGAAUUGAGAAGAGCAUAUAUGCAAUCUUGACCGUUGAUCGCUGGGAAUCAUUAAAUCUGAUGGAGUAUAAGACGGCUUCACUGAGGCCAGUUCAUGGGAGGAUGGCUUUGAAGUUCUUGAAAUGGUUCAUAAAACAGCCAGGUUUAGAGCUCAACCACAUUGUUCACAUGAAAUGUAUCACUGCACAUAUUCUUACAAGAGCUAGAAUGUAUGAAUCUGCCAAGUCAAUCUUUAGGGGUUUAUCAGAAAUGGGUAUUGCCUCAAAAUCUGUUCUUGAUGCCCUUACGGGCACUUAUUCCCUCUGCAAUUCAACCCCUUCGGUUUAUGAUGUUUUCAUCAGGGUUUAUGUGAGAAAAGGAAUGGUUGAGGAUGCUUUGAAGGCAUUCUACUGGAUUGGGUCUUGCGGAAUUACUCCCUCGGUCCACACUUCUAACAUGAUUCUUGCUGCAAUUGCCAAGUUCUGUGACACGACGGAGUCUGUUUGGCCAUUUUUCAAGGAGAUGCUGGCAAAAUGUAUAUGCCCUAAUCUGCAUACUUUUAACAUACUAUUACAUGUCCUAUGUAUGUCGGGAAAGCUUGAGAGAGCGAAUCACUUGAUGAAAAGAAUGGAGGAGAGCGGGUACAUUCCGGAUGUGGUUACUUACAAUACGUUGUUAAAUUGGUAUUGCAAGAAGGGACGAUACAAGUCAGCUUCUGAGCUGAUUGAUCGCAUGGCCUGUAAAGGUCUCAAGGCCGAUGUUUGUACAUAUAACAUGUUUAUAGAUGAUUUGUGUAAGAACGAUAGGAGUGCGAAAGGGUAUUUGGUUUUGAAAAAGAUGAGGAAGAGAUUGAUAGUUCCAAAUGAAAUCACGUAUAACACUCUAAUACAUGGAUUCAUGAGAGAGGGUAAGGUGGGAGCUGCGAUGAAGGUUUUUAACGAGAUGGUGGGUUUUAAUCUCUCGCCAAAUCGCCUCACUUUUAAUGCUUUGAUCGAUGGGCAUUGUCGCGCAGGCAUGUUUGAAGAAGCGUUUGAACUUUUGAAGGAAAUGGAAGGAAGAGGAUUACAUCCCAACGAAGUUAGCUUUGGAUCUAUCUUGAAUGGGUUCUGCAGAUAUGGGAAGAUAGAUUCUGCAAGAUAUAUAUUUGAGAUGAUGAGGAAGAAUGGCAUAGCUCUCAAUAAUGUAUCCUACACAAUGCUAAUGAAAGAGUUAUGCAAAAAGGGGAAGCUUAAAGAAAGCCUUCAGCUUUUCAAUGAGAUGAUUCGCAGCAAUAUAUGCCCUGAUGGUGUCACAUACUUGGUUCUUGUAAAUGGGCUUUUCAGAGCUAGAAGGAUCAAGAAUGCAAAAGAGGUAAUUUGCAGAAUGUACAAAAGUGGAGCUUUACCAAAUGAAAACAUGAAUCAUACCCUAGUGUACAACUUCUGCAAGCAGAAGGAUAUCAUCCAAGCUAUGAAACUCUACCAAGUGAUGCAGGAAAAUGGCCAUAUUGCUGACCUGUCUCUAUGCAAUUCGCUUGUUUCAUGCCUUUGCAGAUGUGGAAAGGUAAGGGAAGCUGAAGAUUUCUUGAGUCACAUGCUAAGUAUCAAUCUAGUUCCCGAUUCUGCUUGCUUUGAUUCUGUUAUUUCUGGGUAUGUAAGUACAGGUGAUGGCUCCAAAGUGUUAUCUUUGUUUGAUGAAAUGAACAAAUUGGGAAACCGCCCUACCCAUAACACAUAUGGAAGUAUAUUAAAAGGGCUGUGCAAAGGAGGAAACUUUACAGAGGCAAUCAAGUUAUUUGAUGGACUUCGUCAUUCUCCUCAUUUUGUUCUUGAUGUUAGCAUCUACAAUACAUUGUUAGGUGAGCUUUGUAACUUGGGACAUUUCAACAUGGCUUUGACACUCUUUGACGAUAUGGUGCAGAAUCAUGUGAUCCCCGAUUGCUAUACAUACGCCACUCUCAUCGCCGGGCUGUGCAGAAAUGAUGGGCUUUUCAAGAACGGUUUGCCAGAAGUUGCAUUGUGCUUCUACAAAGACAUGAUAGUGCAAGGGUUGAGACCAGAUACUAUGGCAUUAAACACAAUGAUACACGGUUACUCCAUGAUUGGUGAAAUGGCUCGAGCAAAUAGAUUUUUCUCAAUCAUGAAGGCCAAAUCACUGGCUCCUAAUCUUGAUACAUAUAACAGCUUAUUACACGGCCACGCCGCGCUGCGAAAUAUGUCAGAGUGCUUUGGAUUAUACCGUUCAAUUUCAAGAAAUGGUCUAAAUCCAGACAUGUCAACAAUUAAAGCUUUGAUCUUUGCCCUUUGUGAGUCGGGUUUGUUGGAUAUCGGGGUCAAAUUUGCAAAAAAGAUGAUAAUGGAAGGAGUUGAGAUAGAUAAAGUCUCAUUCAACAUGCUAAUUGCCAAAUAUAGUGACAAAGGGGAGAUGCAGAAGGCUUUUGGGGUGGUGAAUAUUAUGAGCUCAAUCGGCGGUUUUCCUCCGGAUGGAGAUACUUAUGAAUCCAUGCUCAAGGGACUAAAGAGGAAAUCUGAUUUCCAAACUUAUCGUAUCGUCAUGCACGAAAUGAUAAGGAGUGGUACAAUGCCCACAUAUAGACAGUACAGUGGUUUGCUCAGUGGCAUGUGCAGAGCAGGAGAUGUGAAAGGAGCAUUCAAGUUUAAGGAUGACAUGGAAUCUCUCGGAGUUGGGUCCCGCGAUAUUGCUGACAGCGCCAUUGUCAGAGGCCUCGCGCGCCGUGGGAAGCUGGAGGAAGCGACAUUCGUGCUUGAAUGUAUGCUGAGAGUCCAACUCCUCCCAAACAUUUCAACUUUCACGACCCUAAUCCAUGGGUUUUGCAAAGAAUCUAAACUUCCCGAGGCCUUGGAUUUGAAAAACACAAUGGAAGUUCAUGGGAUCAUGUCCGAUGUUGUCGUUUACAAUGUACUGAUCUCAACCCUCUGUGCCAACAAGGGUUUAGAUCGUGCGUUCGAUCUGUACGAGGAGAUGAAACAGAGAGAUGUGUGGGCUAAUGUCACCACAUAUGCUGCUCUUGUUGAUGCGGUCCGUUCUGAGAAUGAUUCGUCCAAGGGUGAAAAACUUGUGAUUGAUCUUCUGGAGAGAGGGCUGAUAGAGCAAGAAGAGAUGAGUUCAGAAGUUCUUAUGCAUGAAAGAUUAACACUUGUGAUGCAGAGGCUUGAUUUCUUGAGGAAGAAAAGGACACAUAGGAUUGCAAGUAGGUGAUGGGUUUUGAUAUUGAAUGUAAAAAAGAGAGAUCUUUAAUAGAUAUGAUCUUGUGCAGUUGUGAAUUAAAACAAAAUCUCACUCCUUAUUUGUCAUAUUAUAGCCUAAUUUACUUUCUCUCGGGUAAUUUCUAUACACUCGGUCUGAGACCCUACGGAUGCGGUUGAGGCCCGAGGGGUUCAUCUUUAUUUUUUUUUUGUAAGAAAAAGUGUUAAAACAGUUCACAACUUUUUCAUGUGAGUUUUACUAAAAUAAAGGUUUCAGAUUCAU